CGAUGGCAUUCGCUCCCAGCUAUUCUUAGGAGCCUCCCAGGAGCUCUGCACAGCCUGUCUAGGCAGCAAGGGGCAGAGCAGAGGCAGCCACUAUCAGCACCAGCAUGUCUUACAGUGUGACUCUGACCGGGCCCGGACCCUGGGGCUUCCGUCUGCAGGGAGGCAAGGACUUCAACAUGCCCCUCACUAUCUCCAGGAUCACACCAGGUAGCAAGGCAGCCCAGUCCCAGCUCAGCCAAGGUGACCUUGUGGUGGCCAUCGACGGCGUCAACACAGACACUAUGACCCACCUGGAAGCCCAGAACAAGAUCAAGUCUGCCAGCUACAACCUGAGCCUCACCCUGCAGAAGUCAAAACGUCCUGUUGCCAUCUCCACAACUGCACCCCCCAUCCAGUCCCCUCUGCCGGUGAUCCCUCACCAGAAGGACCCUGCUCAGGACACGAACGGCAGCCUGGCGGCACCAAGCCCCAACCCUGAGGCAAGGGCCAGCUUGGGCACCCCAAGCACCCUGGAGCUCAGGGGCACCUUUAGCUCCUCCUUCUCCCAGACCUCCAUCUGCUCCUCUCACACGGAGGCCUCGGACCUCGGCCCUCCACGGGACAGCCCAGGGGCCAAGGCCAUCCCUGAGGGGGCCCGGGACCCACUCAGCCUGAAAGUCCUGCCAGGUCCGAGCCAGCCAAAGCAGUAUAACAACCCCAUUGGCCUGUAUUCAGCAGAGACCCUGAGGGAGAUGGCUCAGAUGUAUCAGAUGAGCCUCCGAGGGAAGGCCUCAGGUGCUGGACUCCUAGGAGGGAGCCUUCCUGUGAAAGACCUUGCUGUGGACAGCGCCUCUCCAGUAUACCAGGCUGUGAUUAAGAACCAGAACAAGCCAGAAGACGAGGCUGAUGAGUGGGCCCGCCGUUCCUCCAACCUGCAGUCUCGCUCCUUCCGCAUCCUGGCCCAGAUGACAGGGACGGAAUACAUGCAAGACCCUGAUGAAGAAGCUCUGCGAAGAUCAAGCACCCCUAUUGAGCAUGCUCCAGUGUGCACCAGCCAGGCCUCCACCCCGCUGCUGCCCGCUUCUGCCCAGCCGCCUGCUGCCGCCUCUCCUAGGGCAGCCUCGCCACCCCUGGCCACAGCUACUGCCCAUGCUGCCACCGCCUCUGCUGCAGCCCCUGCCUCGAUCCCUGCGGACAGUCCAAGACCCCAGGCCUCUACCUGCAGCCCUGCAGCAGCUACCUCUCCAGCACCAACUGCCCAUACGAGCUACAGUGAGGGUCCAGCUGCCCCUGCACCCAAGCCCCGAGUUGUCACCACUGCCAGCAUCCGGCCUUCUGUCUACCAACCAGUGCCUGCAUCUACCUACAGCCCAUCCCCAGGGGCCAAUUACACUCCAACUCCCUACACCCCCUCUCCUACCCCAGCCUAUACCCCUUCACCUGCCCCUACUUACACCCCUUCACCUGCUCCCACCUAUUCCCCCUCUCCUGCUCCAGCCUAUACCCCUUCACCUGCCCCAAACUAUAACCCCACACCCUCAGCGGCCUAUAGUGGGGGCCCAGCAGAGUCUGCCAGCCGUCCCCCCUGGGUGACAGAUGACAACUUCUCUCAGAAGUUUGCCCCUGGCAAGAGCACCACGUCUAUUAGCAAGCAGACCCUGCCCCGGGGCGCCCCAGCAUAUACUCCGACAGGUCCUCAGAUGACCCCCCUUGCCAGAGGUACCGUCCAGAGAGCUGAGCGCUUCCCAGCCAGCAGCCGAACUCCACUGUGUGGCCACUGCAACAACGUCAUCAGGGGUCCUUUUCUGGUAGCCAUGGGCCGCUCCUGGCACCCGGAAGAGUUCAACUGUGCCUACUGCAAGACCUCCUUGGCAGAUGUGUGCUUUGUGGAGGAGCAGAACAAUGUUUACUGUGAGCGGUGUUAUGAGCAGUUCUUUGCCCCACUCUGUGCCAAGUGCAACACCAAAAUCAUGGGGGAAGUGAUGCAUGCCCUGAGGCAGACAUGGCACACCACCUGCUUUGUCUGUGCAGCCUGCAAGAAGCCUUUUGGGAACAGCCUCUUCCACAUGGAAGAUGGAGAGCCCUAUUGUGAGAAAGACUACGUCAACCUGUUCAGCACCAAGUGUCAUGGUUGUGAUUUCCCCGUGGAAGCUGGUGACAAGUUUAUUGAAGCCCUGGGGCAUACCUGGCAUGACACCUGCUUCAUUUGUGCGGUCUGCCAUGUGAAUCUGGAAGGGCAGCCGUUCUACUCCAAGAAGGACAAGCCCCUGUGCAAGAAGCAUGCACAUGCCAUCAAUGUGUAGGGAGCCAAGGGCGUCUGGUGCAGACGAGGCCCCAGGCUGCUCCUGCUGCUGACAAUGAAGGAUUCGAGGAGGCUGAUAUUUCUUUUGGGGGGAAAGGGGGGAAGAGAGGAAGCAAUUGAGCUCUUUUGAAGUAUAAUUUUAGUCUUUUCUUCUGUACACAUAUCGUGUAUUUGCAUAGUUCAGACUAGAAGCCAAAUGAAGAUUCUAAACCAAGCUAGUAAUUAAUCCAAGACUGGAAUUGCACUUCAAACGUUUAAGACAGGAUUCCAAGAACUCAAAAGUGAAAAA